AUUUUACGAAAGUAUUUGGAACGGAUUGAUGAACGAGACCAAGCUCAGUUGGUGCCGGCGCUUAAUUUAAGCUUUUCUCUAUUCACCAAGAGAGGUGAUUUGAAUGUCACCGAAAUCUGGAAAGAAGACGAACGCCAUGGUGACACAGGAAGUGGUGGUCAUAAACUGAUAAUGUUAUUCACUGACGGUGUCGAAGAGUGGCCAAUUGGUGUGAUUAACAGUCGAAAAUCAUUGCAAUCCACCGAUCCGAUUCGUGUAUUUGGCUUUUCGAUGGGUUACGGCACAGGACCGAUGCCAGCACUCGCCUACAUCGCGUGUCAUACGAACGCAUCGUAUGCAAUCGUUGAUUCCAUAUCAGACGUUAAACGUCAAUCCGUGUCUUAUUUGAAAAAACUUUCGAAUGUUCUCGCAAUCGCCUAUGCGAACAAUCCGCCGUCGGCACGUCCCGUCACAUGGGUAACCCCACUAAUGGACAGUCAAGGUUCGGGGCCAACGUUAACGGUAUCGAUGCCAAUUCUGAACACAAUGGAGAAUGCGAGUGGCAGUGGAGUGUUGGGUGUUGCUGGUAUUGAUAUACGUUUCAAGCAAAUCGCUAAAAUUCUACCUGAACACGAGCAAAUGUAUGCGUUUAUUGUGAACAACAACGGAAUCGCUCUCUAUCAUCCUAAGUUGAAAAUACCGAAAACAGAAGUGUAUUCGGUACGUCGAACGGCGUGCUACGAUAAGCGUUCUCGUUCACGUGGUGGAGGUCGCAUUCAAUUCGGUGAAGCUGACGAAAGGGUUCUGAGACUGAUGGGUCUUUUAGAUUCAAUAUUCACAAUCGAUAUUGUUAGUUUUCCUACUGACUUGAUCCUCCUUCAGUCUUUCCACUUUGAAAGGGAUCAAUAG